CUUCUGUGUGAAUCGUGAAUCACCGAUAAGUUCUCCGCCACCUGCCGCCACCGACGACUGUAUUACGCAUACCCAGUUCAAUAUUAAAGUGUGAAGCGAGGUUUUUGAGUGCGUUUAAUGUGAAUAUUAGGACGGUCAAAUUAAAAAAGAAUCUUUGUUCAAAGUUUUUAAGUUUAGUUUUGUGAUGAUGGAGUCCGAUUCUGAUCAAAUAUGCCGAAAAGUAGGCCACAAGGCCGCUGAAUGUCCAGACAAAGGUAAGACUGUUGCCAAUUCUUACAAAAGUGAAGCGAACUGUUCCGAACACGUGGGACUCGUUACCGCGGAAUGUUAUCAUGUUGAACAGAAUCACAAAAGACUGAAAUGGUGUCUAGACAGUGGCGCAACGUCUCACUUAUGUAAAGACAUUAGUUGUUUUUCUGACCUUGAACGUAGACAUGAUCAUUUGAAUUUAGCAAAUAGUGAAUUUACGGACAUUACAGGUUCCGGAACAGCCACGUUUGUUGCUGACGUUUUUGGCGACACGAAAAACAUCUCACUCCAUAAAGCUUUUCAUGUUCCCGACCUAAGAGUAAACUUACUUUCUGUUGCAAAGAUUACCGAUAAAGGAUUUGAAGUUUUAUUCAAGAAAGAAAAUGCUUUGAUCUAUGAUAGUAAUGGUGAUAUAAAAGUUGUAGCCGAUCGUAGUGGCGAUUUAUACUACGCGAGAGAAGGCGAAGCGCAGAAUAAAUCAGCUUUCAUUUCGACCAUGAAUUCUAAAAAUGUCAAACUAUGGCAUCGUAGAUUAGGACAUUUGAACUUUCAGGAUUUGAAUUCUUCAUUGAAGAAAGGAAGAUUAGGUGGAGUAAAUAUUGAAAAUAUGCCUAAUAAUGGGGAACUUAAUUGCGAAAUUUGCAUACGCGGAAAAAUGACGCGUUCACCAUUCCCGAAGAAGUCCGACAGGGAAUCGGAAAUGCUAGAAAUCGUACAUACUGAUGUUUGCGGUCCCAUGCGAGUAGAAUCUCACUCGAAGUACAAAUAUUUUGUCGAAUUCAUAGAUGAUUAUUCUAGGUAUUGCACGGUAUUCUUCAUGAAACAUAAAAAUGAAGUUGUGCGAAAGACUCAGGAAUAUAUUACACUGGUCGAAAACCAAAAGAACAAAAAGAUAAAGUGCAUCCAAUCUGACAACGGGACGGAGUACACAUGUAAGGAAAUGGAGGAUCUCCUGAAAAAGCACGGAAUUUCACGUCGCUUGACUUGCCCAUACACUCCGGAACAGAACGGUAUAGCGGAGAGGAAGAACCGCACUCUCUUGGAUACAGCACGUUGUCUAAUCAUGCAGUCCGGCUUACCUCCGAUCUUUUGGGCUGAAGCCAUCAACACGGCCAACUAUUUGCGGAACAGAUGUCCAUCCAAAAGUCUGAACGGGUUAACACCAUACGAAAAGUGGACUGGAAAGACUCCCGACGUUUCGAAUCUCAGAGAUUUUGGUUGCAAGGUCUUCUGUCUAAACCAAGAUCAGGCCAAGGGGAAGCUAGACGCAAGAUGUAAGGAAGGAAUUUUCAUAGGGUAUUCGGAACAAACGAAAGGAUACAAGGUCUGGUUGCCGAAGGAGAAUAAAUUCGUAGUCACGAGGGAUGUUAAGUUCUUGGGAAACGCAGUAGUCAUAAGCCAAGAAUGGACAGAUUUUAUUCUGGAAGAAUCAUCCAAGGAGAAUGAAUCUGAGAUGCAUACUAUCGAGGUACAGCUAUCCCCAGUUGUCGAGAACGAAAAUCCAAAACAUGAAUCUCCUACAACGGAACAAGAAGAGCCCGAGGUUGAUCACGAUUCUGAGCCACCCAGGCGUGCCCGCGGGAGACCCAGAAUUCGGCGAACUGGUUCGAGGGGAAGACCUAGAAAGAUAUACAGGUACAGGACACCCCCGAGAGGUUCAGCACUCUCUUCUGAAGAGGUAUUACUGUCCGAGGUCCCGAUGCAUCAGGCAGUCAGAGGCGAGGACGCUGACGAAUGGCACAAGGCGAUGGCAGACGAAGUGGCAUCUAUCUUGAAGAAUGGUACUUGGGAAUUAAUCGACCGACCAUGUAACCAGCACAUCGUUGGAAGCCGUAUUGUCCUGAGAAACAAGUACAAGCCUGAUGGAACUAUCGAAAGGAGGAAGGCAAGACUAGUCGCUCGGGGAUUUAGCCAAAAGCCCGGAACACAUUUCAACGAGACUUUUGCCCCUGUAGCAAGGCUUAGCUCCAUAAGACUUGUAUCUGCCCUAGCAGCACAUUUAAAUAUGGACAUGCAGCAACUGGAUGUUACCUGCGCAUACUUAAAUGGAAGUCUAGAUGAGACGAUUUACAUGGAAACCCCCGAAUAUUUGGAUGAAUCAUUGAAGAUUAUUUGUGAUAACUCCAAAUACAACGAGGCUACCAGAAAGAAGGCUCGAGAUACCUUGAACACACUGGGAAAAGGUGAUAAAGUAUGUCUACUUAGGAAGUCACUAUACGGCCUGAAGCAAGCCGGUCGGAGCUGGUAUCAGAAACUAAGCCAGACACUUAGUGAAUGUGGUGCAAAUCCAACUAAGUCCGACCCAUGUGUAUUCACUAGUAAAACAGGGAAAGACAUUAUGAUAAUUGUCACUUAUGUAGACGAUCUGAUUAUCGCAUCACGUGACAAAAAGGCAAUAUCGUCCCUAAAAGCCAAAUUAUCUGAAAGAUUUGAAAUGAAAGAUCUGGGAUCAGUUAAUCAUUGCCUAGGGAUGGAAUUUUCACUAAAGAAAAACAAGAUAAGUCUAAGCCAGAGAGCAUAUAUCUUGGAAAUACUAGAUCGAUUCAACAUGGCGGAUACGAACACUGUAAGCACUCCACUUGAUCCAGGAACGAAGUUAAGGAAACCGACGGAGAGCCCAUCUAGUGAAGAGCUGAAGUUACCUUAUAGGGAGCUUAUAGGUGCGCUAACCUAUCUAUCGUUGGGAACGAGACCCGAUAUUAGCUUUGCCGUAAGCUACUUAGGACAGUUCAACAACUGUUUCACUAAGGAACACUGGACAGCCGCAAAGCGAGUACUUAGGUACCUGAAGGGCACCAUCGAUCACUCGAUAGUAUACCAACGAGAAGACAUGAAUCUGAGAGGAUUCGUUGAUGCUGAUUGGGCAAACUGCCCUGACGAUAGGCAUUCGUAUACCGGAUUCUCAUUCAUCCUAUCAGGCGGACCCGUAUCGUGGAAAUCGAAGAAGCAAGCCACAGUGGCAUUGUCUACCACCGAGGCGGAAUAUAUGGGUACCACCGAAGCUGCCAAGGAAGCAAUCUACUUGGGCAAGUUCAUGACCAAACUUGGGUUCGAAAGACUCGCUAACGUAACCCUGUAUAGCGACAAUAUGAGUGCUAUAAAAUUGGCCGAGAACCCAAGAUAUCAUUCCAGAAGUAAGCACAUCGACAUACGUUACCAUUUUGUGCGGGAGGCCUUGGAACAGAAGAAGUUUAAGUUGAAGCAUACUCCAUCUUCUGAAAUGGCCGCAGACGUAUUGACGAAGGGGUUGUCGAGGACAAAACAUCGGAAGUGCAUGGAACUUUUGGGAUUACAGACGACGGACCAGAACCUGUGUGUCUGCUACGUCUCGAGGGGAAGUGUUGGAACGCGUACUAGCGUCACCCCGCCGCGCCGCUACUGGCGAGACGACCAGACAGGUUGCCUAACCUAG